GCCGCCAUUGCACAUGUUGAUUUGUUGACAUCUGAAAAAUCAACAAAAUCAAGAAAAUAUGCCUAAAGUAAACACACUAUUCUCUUACUUUAAGAAAGUGCCUACGCCGAGCAAAACAGAGAAUAUUUCUGGUGACAAUAAAUCGAAUGUAUUGAAUGCAAAAAAUAGUAAUGAUGACUUGAUCAAAGAAAACAAUCCUGUGCCUGCUGGAAAAACUCCAAAGGAUGAUGGUUCAGAAACCUCAGAGUUCAAAGAGUGUGAUAUAGUAUGGGGCAAGCUAGAUGGCUACCCUUGGUGGCCAGCCCUUGUGUGCAAAAGUCCAUCUGGUAAAUACUACAAGCUUGGAAAGAAACCAGAGGUUCAUUUGCAGUUCUUUGACGACCCAAUCUCUCGGGCCUGGCUUAAAACAAGAUUUGUGGAUAAAUUUCUUGGAUCAGAUGACCAUAGUUUCCAACGUGGAGGUAAAUACCACACUUAUGAUGCUAAGUGUCAGAAGUUUGCUGCAGAGGCUGACAAAGCAAUGUCCAUGUCUCAUGAAGAUAGGAUGAUGCUUGUCAUGGAGCUGGAAUCCUCAUCUGAGGAGGAUGAACCAGUCCAUUGUGAAAAGAUGGAUUUUAAUGCUGACAUAUUUGAUGAUGAAGUAGGGGAAGAGGAGGAGGGAAACAAUAGUAAGGAGAACCAUCAGUUGGACUCCAGCUCUACAUCUGAUAAAGUGAAGUCCCCCAAAAGUACACCAAAAAAGACACCAAAGAAAAAGAAUGGUCGACCAAUGAGGUCAACAGCUAAGAAACGAAAAGUUGUCAUUGAGUCUGGGGAUGAAGAAUCAGGUGAUGAGUACAACCCUGAUAAGACAGCUCCAGAAAGCUCAGAUGAUGAGAGCAGUGGUGUUGAUGAAAACAUCUCAGAUAUUGAGUCUCUUGAUGAAGCUGAAUCACCAGUGAAGGAGAGUCGUAAGAGAAAGCGUGGAAAGGACAAUGUGGCAAAGAAUUCAUCAGAUGCUCCCCCUACUGCUUCAAAAUCCCAAGCAGCUUUAGCCAGUUUUAGUGCAGAAUCCAGUACACCAAGUACACCGAAGACCCCUGCUACACCUAGCAUCGCAAAGACCCCAAGUACACCUAGUGUAAUGAAGACACCAACAGUAUGCCAUGAAGCUACCAAGUCUAGACUCAGUGCAUUUUCGGCCCCAGAUUCUGUGUCUAGUCCAAGCAGACCUGGGGUAGAAGAGCAAGUAUAUACACAUUUCACUCUUGACUUCCUCAAGCCAGACAAGAUCAAGGAUGCUGAAAAGAGACUUAAAAGCCACCCCGAUUAUGACCCCAGAACUUUGCAUAUACCAGAGAGAUUCCUCAAUGAUUGCACACCAGGCCACAGACAAUGGUGGGACAUCAAGGCAAAGCUCUUUGACACGGUGCUGUUCUUUAAAGUGGGCAAAUUCUACGAGCUCUACCACAUGGAUGCUGUUACUGGAGUCAAUGAACUUGGCCUUAUCUACAUGAAGGGAGCAUAUGCCCAUUCUGGGUUUCCUGAGAUUGCUUAUGGUCGCUACUCUGAGACAUUGGUUCAAAAAGGGUACAAAGUCGCCAGGGUGGAACAGACGGAGAAUCCAGAUAUGAUGAAUGAACGCUGCAAAAAUAGUACUCGAAAAAUUACAAAGUUUGACAAGGUUGUAAAAAGAGAGGUUUGUGCGGUAACUACACCAGGCACUAAGACAUACAGCUUCCUUGAUGGGGAUGCCUCUAAUGCUGACAAUGCCUAUCUCAUGGCUAUUUGUGAAAAGACACAGAGUGGGCUUGCUGGAGAGACCAGUGUGUUUGGAGUAUGUUUUGUGGAUACAACUGUGGGUAGGUUCCAUGUUGGACAGUUUGAGGAUGACAGACAUUGCUCCAGACUGAGGACCAUCCUGGCACAUCACACACCAACAGAGUUGCUGAUCGAGAGAGGAGAGGUGUCAAGUAAGGUCCAACAGGUGUUUAACAGUUGUCUCACAGGUGUACCCAGGGAGACAUUGAAUUCAAACUCACAAUUUUGGGAUUCUACUAAGACAUUGAAAUAUCUCAGUGAGGGGGAAUUCUUCAAGGAUGACAAAACUAGGGAGUUUUCAUGGCCAGAAACUCUCAAGAAUAUGAUCUCAGAAGCUGACUCUCUUGGGCAAACUGCUUCUGCUGAAUAUGACCUUGCAAUACGCAGUCUUGGUGCAAUCACUUGGUAUCUCCAGCAUUGUCUCAUGGACCAUGCUGUGCUCUCCAUGAAGAACUUUACACAAUAUAUACCAGUGGAUAGUGGGCCUAAUGCAGUGAGCAAGCCUGUAGAGAAAAAGAAAUUCACAAACAAACAAAAAAUGGUGCUUGAUGGUAUUACCCUUAGUAAUCUGGAUGUUAUGGACACAAGAGGCAACCAAGAGGGGACUCUACUUCAGAGGCUGGACCAUUGCGUUACACCAUUUGGCAAGAGGCUGUUCCAGCAAUGGCUAUGUGCCCCCCUGUGUAACCCGGAAGGGAUUAAUGAUAGACUGGAUGCAGUAGAAGAUUUAUGGGGUGUCUCAGAUGUGACAGCUGAUGUCACAGACAGCCUUAAGAAACUGCCUGAUCUGGAGCGAUUACUCAGCAAGAUCCAUACACUGGGUUCCCUCAAGCGUUCCAAAGACCAUCCAGAUGCCAGGGCCAUCAUGUAUGAAGAUGUCACUUACAGCAAGCGUAAGAUUGAGGAUUUUGUGUCUGCAUUAACUGGCUUCAAGGUGGCUUGUGAUAUUAUGGAGAAAUUUAAGAGUCACAACACAUCAUUUAAAUCAAAGCUUUUGCAACAAACUGUUAGUUUUGCCAGUGAUGACUCUGUGCCACUUGGAAGAUUCCCUGACCUUAGGAAGGAUCUAGCUGCAACAGAUCGUGCAUUUGACCAUACCAAGGCCAAACAGAGCGGGGUCAUAAAGCCCUUACCAGGGUGCAACCCUGACUAUGACCAGGCCAUUGAGCACAUUAAUAGCAUAGAAGAGGAGCUGGAUGACUAUCUCAAGCAACAAAGAAAACGUUUGAAAUGUAAUACACUUGUGUACUGGGGCAAAGGCAAGAAUCGCUGUCAGAUUGAGGUCCCAGACAGCCUGCGUGAUCGUGUCCCAGAUGAUUUCGAACUCCAGUCACAGAAGAAGGGAUGUCGACGUUACCGAACCACAGAGAUAGAAGAUCUUCUAAAACAACUAGAGAGGACGGAGUUAGAUAAGGAGAGAGCCCUCACAGACACUAUGAGACUGCUCUUCUGGCACUUUGACAAAAAGUACAAAGACUGGGAGGCUGCGGUGCAAUGUCUCGCCACCCUUGAUGUCCUACUCAAUAUCUCCCGCUACAGCCAGUCAGCAGAUGGUGCUAUGUGUCGGCCAGAGCUCAUCCUCCCUGAUGAUGCCACAACCUCAUUCUUGGAGAUUCGUGACGCCAGACAUCCCUGUGUCUCAAGAACAUUCUCUGGCGGAGAUUAUAUCCCUAAUGAUACAGUGAUUGGAAUCAGAGAUGAAAAUGCUAUGAAGACUGAAGGUGAAGAUCAAUCUCAUAGCAGUGUUGUCAUAGUAACUGGACCAAAUAUGGGUGGAAAGUCGACAUUGAUGCGUCAAGUUGGCCUCGUUGUCAUUAUGGCUCAGCUGGGAUGCUAUGUGCCUGCUGAGAAGUGUAAGCUGACCCCUGUAGAUCGAGUGUUCACGCGCCUGGGUGCCAGUGAUCGGAUUAUGUCAGGUGAAAGUACAUUUUUCGUGGAACUGAGUGAAACAUCGGCCAUCCUGCAGCAUGUAACUCCACAUAGCCUGGUUCUGAUGGAUGAACUUGGUCGAGGCACAGCAACAUAUGAUGGUACAGCAAUAGCAUGUGCAGUGGUGCAGGAACUUUCUCAGAAUGUUAAAUGUCGCACAUUGUUCAGCACCCACUACCACUCUCUGGUGGAGGAGUUCUCACAUGACCCCAAUGUCAGGACAGGGCACAUGGCGUGUAUGGUGGAGAAUGAAGAUGAGAAUGACCCAAGUCAGGAGACCAUCACCUUCCUCUACAAGUUUAUAGGUGGCGCUUGUCCUAAGAGUUAUGGCUUUAAUGCAGCCAGACUGGCAGAUCUACCCAAUGAGAUUAUUCUACGAGGACAAAAGAAAGCUAUUGAAUUUGAAGAAAGCAUAGAGAAGUUAAAAUUGUUCAGGUCUAUUGUGAACCUUACAAAAGAUUCGCUAGGUACCUUGCAAAAGCUCCAAACAUCUAUACCAAUAAUAACACAAACAUAGAGGAUACUCUACAUAAAACCAUAGGAGCAGUAUUGUGGAUAUUGUAAACAAAGCUUACAUACUUGUCUAACAAUGUAUUGUAUACAACUAUGGCAACAUGAUAGUCGAUAGUCUAUAGGAACGCUACAGUAGAUAUUCUACAAAAAAUAUAUAUAUCAUGCAGUUGAUUUAGUUUGUAAAUAUCAGUCUAUUAUAGCCUUAUCCUAGGGGCUGUCACUUAUGCUAAAUCUGGAUAUUGCCGACAAGGCAGAAUUGCCAAUCUUGAGACUGCAAUUAUAUUAAGGAUGUUAUUUUAAUCAUGUCUGGAAGAUACAUAGUUCUAUAGAUCAUGUAUGAAAUAUUGGACAUGCGCAAAUGCAGUUGUCAUUUGCUU